CGGGACGAAGAGCUCCUUCCUUUGUGUUGACAGGUGUGGGAAUUUGGAUUUGGAAAGCAUUGUCGUUUGCUGUGGGUCCUUCGCCGUAUUGACGUACAAGAAGGAAAGUAGCUGGGCUGGGUGGAUACGGUCACAACUGCAGAUAAGUGUUGACCCCCACCAAAAAAAAAAAAAAAAAAAAAAAAAAGCGAGAAGAGAGGCAUGGCGGGAGAGCCGAAAUCUUCCCUUUGCUCCUUUCUGCUUGUUGCUGUGAUCCUCCUCCUGUCUUCUCCUUCACUCAGGUCGGUGGCUGCUACUGAUGUUGUCGUCGGCGGUUUACGGGGUGGAGGCUAUUACUACGCCGAUAAUGGACCAUACGAGGUGCUGCCAGUCGAACAGCAUUCCAUCAGAAUGAAUGCCACGCUAACAGAAUGUGCACCUGGGUUUGCUGACUUCUGCAACGUCCACGUGGAUAUAUACAGACCUCUCACUCUGGAGUCCGGGCAUACGAAUGGUCAAGACAAGGCAAACCUUGGCAGUGAUGUCUUCCCAUUAGCCAUCUUCUCGACUGCAUUCAUGAUUGAUACAGAUAGCUAUACGAGCUACGCAAUGCGGCUUGCUUCUUGGGGCUACAUUGUUGCCGUGUGGGCGCCAGACCGUGAACUGCGCGGCUUUCAUUGCACCUUUCGGUCACGGGGUCUCAUUGCAGCUGGACUAAUCGAUUGGGUGCUGGAAACAGUGGAGCCAGACAGCUAUACAAAUGCACAGGUGUUUAUGAUGGGACAUUCUGAUGGCGCAAAGUCUGCAAUGCUGGCUGCGGAGUACGACAGCCGAGUCGUAGGGGUCCUUGGUCUUGACCCAAUUGAUUGCCCACCCCCAGCUCAGAGUGAAGGGUACGACUACCCAUCGGCAAUCAAGCUGAUGAACACUUCAUCAGCGUUGACAGCCUGGAUUGGUUCCGAGUACGGAUCUAUGAGGCAACUGAGGGGGAGGGGUGGGGGAGGGGUGGAGGUGCGGGUUAUGAUUCGUAGGAGUGGUACGAUGCAGUUCUGCGACCACGGCAAUCCCACGGACAUUGUGUGCGUCAAUGGAGAUGUGACACGGGAGACGGUGUGGAGCGUUGCGCACACUGUUAUGGUAGCUUGGGCAGAAUGCACUGUCCGCCGCGUAAACAUCGUCGACAAGUAUCUUGGACAAUGGUCGGAAGAGAUGAUUGCCACCAAGGUUAUCACGGCGGAGUCUAGGGUGGAGCAGAUUAAAUCCCACAUCCUAAUGAAUUGACGAAACAGGUAGACAUCAGCGACGUGCAACGACAAAAUAUCAAAGGCAAGCUGGACACAAUCAUUGUCGAGUGGUUAAAACUCAAAAACCACCAGUGCCUUUCGCCGGCUAAGGCUUUCGACAAUUUGUAUACGGCCACAAAUUUUCAGAUACUGGACGGAAAUGGCUGGUGGUGCCAGGCACUGGUUUGUGUUUUCUUCUUCUUCUUCUUCUUCUUUUUUUUUUUUAAUAGCUGUCUUCUCCUCAUCGCGGGACAGCUAUAGAUAUAUAUUUUCUCGCCUCGCGUAUUCUGGCAUGCAGGGGAAACCCGGGUCGGGAAAAAGCGCUCGCUAGGAGGUACUGGUGGUUUAGCAGAAUCUUGUGUGAAACUAAAAUAGAUAUUAUAAAUUAUAUAAAUAAUAUAAUGUUAUCUCCUCUGGAAUAUUGUGGCAUUGUGAUUUGACUGUCCCGCUUUUCUAAGUUUUUUUGCACUUUUCUCUUUUUCCUUCUUGGGCAAUGAAAUAAGAAGGCAAUAACGGAGCCUGAUUCUGAAUGAAUACAAGCCAUCUUUCUGGUUGAAUGCAGUCAUAAUGGGGGUGCUUUGUGGUUUGGGAAAGAUGGUAGAUGUGAGUUUGAUUGUUACUUCAUGCCUGAACUGACUUUGUGCACGGUGGAAAGGAGGAGACAGGGGUGGUAGGAACAUAAGGGGGAGGAGGGGAGGAGAGAGGGGCGGUAGGAACAUAAGGGGGGGGGAGGGAGAGAGGGGUGGUCGAAAUUUAACGAUAUUGAGGGCUUGAGGGCUUAACGCGGACUGGAAGUGGUCACCGGAACUGGAGGGGAGGAGAGAGGGGCGGUAGGAACAUAAGGGGUAGACUUGGUAGGAUUAUUAGGGGGGUUGACCAUGGGGGAGCGGAGGAGAGAGGGGUUUGUAGGAUGUUGAGGGGGUUAAAGCGCUUAGCACAAUGUGGAAACGACCACUGGAACUGAGGAGAGUAGAGAGGGGUGGUAGGAAUACGAGGGAGGGGGUUGAGGUGUUAACCGCAAAUCGUAGGGAAGGAGAGAGGGGUGGUAGGAAUACGAGGGCAGGGGUUGAGCGCUUAACCGUAAAGUGCAAGUAGUCGCGGAAAAUGUUUAUUUUCCCUUCUGUGUGGUAUUGAGAUAGGGGAUGGGGGAUGCCCGCAGGAAAAGCAGAGAAUGAAUGACACGACUGAGAGGGUGGAUGGAGAUGAACGAUACGAUACGGUUCAACUUUAUACAUGCGUAGCUAAUUGAGUGCUGAUCAGUGACUGUCGAUAUAUUUGCAGAUUAAUAAAUGGCGAUGAUUAUA